AUUAAAAUGAGAAAAACAGAGGUUCUUACAGUAAUGAUUCUUAUGGUUUUGGUCGAGUCAGGCCUGCUCAAAGAGGCUACGGCACACCCAUGUGGUCGAACAUUUUUGUCCGCUUUGAUUGAACUCGUGCCUUGUACACUAUCAGUGGUGCCGUUUAGCACGUUGUCUCCGAACGAGCCAUGUUGCACUGCCAUCAAAACGCUUGGUCAGCCUUGUCUAUGCGUUAUUGCCAAUGGACCAUCUAUUCCUGGCGUUGACCACACUCUCGCUCUCCAGUUACCUGGAAAAUGUUCUGCCAAUUUUCCUCCGUGUAACUAACUAAUUUUCUGCAUGUAAUAAGAAAAUCACGAAUUGCUUCGGUUUUAAAUUAGACUUGAGAAUUAUAAUUUUAGUGACAAUGUUCAAGACUAAUAAAGAAGUGAGAGUACCUUUAAUUUUGAGAAAUUUUAUUGAAAACCAUUUUUAUUGAAGAUUAAUAAUCUAAGGUAUAGCUACAUUUUGGGGA